AUGUCCCCUCCUGAGACCCAAGACACCAGCGCCAGCAACACCGGCGCUGGCACCGAAGACGCCGGGCAGGCGGAACCUCUGGUUCCUCCUGUCCCAAGAAAGAAGAAAAAGACUCCUGCUUCCUCCCCCUCCAAGACUGUGCCGGAUCCUUCCGCGCCGGCUAGUUCUGCUCCGGCAAAGGAAGCACCUGCAGCGUCUGCGCCAACCAAGGCUCCAACGCGUCCACCGGCUGCUCCUGCCGGCGGUCCUGCUUCCGCCAAGCCCACACCGCCAAAGGGCACCGGCUCUUCUUCCUUUGGCCCGCAGCCCUUGACGCUGCACGCCAGCCGCGCCGCGAUUGUGGCCGGCGAGACGGCUUCAGCUCAGCUGGGCCGGAUCACCGAUUUCACCCGCGGGGGCGAACUGGGCCAUCUCCUUGAUUACGCUGAUAAGUGGAAUCAAGCGGAUUUGUCCCCCGCGACUGGCAGCCUGGGGAAGGACAAAUUGUCGGUCAUUUACCCUUCCGGCCCCCGGAGCACCAUCCAGCACUUCAGCCGAUUGCGGCGCGCUGUCAAGGAAUUUGACACCGCGUGGCACGACACCAACAACAACGUGGUGAGCACGAUGGAUGCCCGGAAACAGCUCUUUGAGGAGCUGCUGUGGGAGCACCGGGAGCUUUCUGAAGCCCACAACAAAUGCCAAGCUGUCCCGGAAGGCACCGUCGAGGCCCUCUCCUCUCAAGUUGCCGCGCUUCAAGCUGAAAAGGAGCAGCUCGCCAAGGAGCACCAACGAGCUCUGGACGUUCAGAGGACCAAUUUCUCUGAGCUGAAGGAACACCUCAUGGCGGCUGAAUCCCGGCAUUCUCGGGAGCUGAAGGAGGUCCGGGCGGCAGCGGCGGCCAAGCUUAACGAAUCCCUGGAGGAGUACACGAACUCCACCGCGAUGAUGCGGGCUGAGCGGGAGGAGCAGACCAAGGCUCGGGAGGAGCAGAGCAAGGCGCGGGAGACGGCUGAAAACCGGGUCGCCGCCCUCAUGACAGAGCAAAAGGAUUUUGACCGGCUGGUCAUACAAACCGACACGCUGCUCCAGAGGCUCUUUCCGGACUCCCAGGUUUAUGCCUACCAGAAGGUGGAGAACCGCAGGACAGAGCUAUCCUUCCGCGACCGGGAGCUUCCCUGGGAUGCGUAUGACCACCUGGUCGCGCUUUCUGCGCGGGUUCAGCAUAUGCGCUCUGUGGACCGGCACCUUGUCGAUCUGCCAGAUCAUGCCAAGGAAAUCUACAAGGUGUUGUGGCCCGAGGAUGCUGUCUCGGAGAGCGUAACGCUUAUCUCUGACCGCCUGAAGGAUGCCUGCUGGAGGAUCUGGGAAUGGAAAUGGUCAGCAGCUCGUGCCGGAGCGGACGCCGCAUUGCGCGUCGCCUGCUCUUGGUAUGAUGACUUGGAUCUGGAUGCCUUUCACACCCGUCGUGGUGAUGCACCCACAGACACAGAUCCGGCCAAGACUGCCAAACGCCAGGACCGCGCCUACCGGAUUGCGGAGUUUGCUCCCGUGCACAUCUUCAUCCCUCCCCCUCCCGAAGUCAGAGAUGCACUCUCUGACGAUGAGGAAGACAUCGAGGAGGAGGAAGAAAAAGAAACUGGAGAAGGUGACGCUCCUCCGGAAGAUGGCGCUGCUCCCCGGAAGCUCCAGAGGCCGGUGCCCAGCCCCCUGCUAUCUGAAUACACUGUCUGUUUGUUGUUCCUGUUGGCCUAA